GUGUGUGAGAGUGUGUGUGUGUGUGUGUGUGUGUGUGUGUGUGAGUGAGUGAGUGUGUGUUUGUGUGUGUUUGUGUGUGUGAGAGAGAGAGAGAGAGUGUGUUUGUGUGUGUGAGUGAGUGUGAGAGUGUGUGUGUGUUUGUGUGAGUGUGUGUGUGAGUGAGAGUGUUUGUGUGUGUGUGUCUGUAUGUGUGAGUGUGUGUGUCAGUGUGUGAGUGUGUGUGAGUGAGUGUGAGAGUGUGUGUUUGUGUGUGUGUGUGAGAGAGAGAGAGAGAGAGAGAGUGUGUGUUUGUGAGUGUGAGAGUGUGAGUGUGUGUGUGAGUGAGUGUGUGUGUGAGAGUGUUUGUGAGUGUGUGUGUGUGUGUGUCUGUAUGUGUGAGUGUCUGUGUGUGUGAGUGUUUGUGUGUCUGUGUGUGCGAGUGGGUGUGUGUGUGUGAGUGUUUGUGUGUCUGUGUGUGUGAGUGUGUGUGUGUGUGUGUGUGUCUGUGUGUGUGAAUGAGUGUGUGUGUGAGUGUGUCUGUGUGUGUGAGUGAGUGUGUGUGUGUGAGUGUGUGUCUGUGUGUGAGUGUGUGUGAGUGUCUGUGUGUGUGUCUGUGUGCGUGUGAGUGUCUGUGUGCGUGUGAGUGUCUGUGUGCGUGUGUGUGUCUGUGUGCGUGUGUAUGUCUGUGUGUGUGAGUGUGUGUGUGUGUGUCUGUGUGUGUGAGUGAGUGUGUGUGUGUGUGUGUGUGUGAGUGUCCGUGUCACACACACACACUGGAGACUUUUUAGCACAUCAUACACAAUAGUGUAUCAGAGUUUGUACAUAAAUCUACAGUCAGAUUUGCUGUUACAGAGAAUUAAUCAUCACCUUCUGUGUCUUUGUGAUCAGUUUGGUGACGACACGCAGAUGGAGCUGUGCAGCACUUCUGAUGGAAGAACAUCGAGAUCAGUGGGACACGUCCCCCCUGUGGAGCAACAGGACAGAGACUUCUGGAAAAAACCUCUGAAAGAGGAAGAAACUGAAGAAGAUGACUUCUAUGGAGGAACUUCAAGCUCUGUGGAAGAAGCAGAAGAUCAACAGAACAGAGAAUUCCAGAUAAUGAUAAAAGAAGAAGAACCAAAACAUGACGACUAUCUCUAUUGUGAGGAUUGCAAAUCUUUCUUUGUCAAUAAGUGUGAGGUUCACGGUCCGGCUCUCUUCAUCCCUGAUGUUGCGGUUCCACUGGGGGUCUCUGACCGAGCCACACAAACCCUUCCUCCAGGUCUAGAGAUUCGGAAGUCCAGUAUUCCAGACGCAGGCCUGGGAGUGUUUAACAAUAGUGACACUAUUCCUGUUGGUGCGCACUUUGGGCCUUACCAGGGAGACAUGGUAGAGCGAGAGGAAGCCAUGAACAGCAGCUACUCCUGGGUGAUACACAAGAGUGAGCAGUGUGAAAACUACAUUGAUGCCACCUCAGAGAUGCGUUCUAACUGGAUGAGGUAUGUGAAUUGUGCCCGUAAUGAUGAAGAGCACAAUCUGGUGCCGUUUCAGUAUCGAGGUGUGAUUAUGUACCGCUGCUGUCGAUCCGUCGAGCCAGGACAGGAGCUGUUACUGUGGUAUGAGGAAGAGUUCAGUGAAGAUCCCAGCACCACAUUUAACUCCAUCUGGAACAGAAAGUGCUUCGUAAAUGGAAUGAAGACCGUCCUUCAAGUCUUCUCUUGCUCCUCAUGUCCACUUUCUUAUACGUCCAAAAUUUAUCUCCACAAACACAUCAAGAGAUGCCACCAUGAGGAAUAUGUCCGACUCCUGAGAUCAGGGGAGAUUAAAUAUGAGAGCCUGGUGACCUCAAAAGCCUCCAUUCAGUCCUCAGCAGUGGCCUUCGACAGUCUCAGUGCUGAAACUUUGCGCUCACAAACUCAGAAAGAUUCGUUCCAGUGCUCAGAAUGUGGGAAGGUUUUUAUCCAGCGGAAACAUCUCAAAGUUCACCAGCGUGUUCACACGGGUGAGAAGCCAUAUCAUUGCUCACAGUGUGGGAAGAGCUUCACGCAGCAGAGCAGCCUUCAUCUUCACCAGCGCCUUCACACUCGAAAGAACCUGUGUCAGUGUUUGCAGUGUGGAAAGAGUUUUACUCAACAGAUUCACUUGCAGGCUCAUCAGCGCAUUCACACGGGAGAGAAACCGUACCAGUGCUCACAGUGCGGAAAACGCUUUAGUGAGAAAGGAAGUCUCCGACGACACCAGAACAUUCACACCGGAGAGAAAGCAUAUCACUGCUUACGAUGUGGGAAGAGUUUCAGUGAAUUAGGAACACUCACACGACACCAGCGCAUUCACACGGGAGAGAAACCGUAUCAGUGCUCGCACUGCGGAAAGCGUUUCAGUGAACGAGGGAAUCUCAGAACACACCAGCGUAUUCAUACGGAAGAGAAGCUGUAUCAUUGCGCACAGUGUGGGAGGAGCUUUACUCACCAUAGCACGCUCCAGCAACACCAACGCAUUCAUACUGGGGAGAAACCAUAUUACUGCUCUGUCUGCGGAAAAAGUUUUACCCAGCAAGGCAACUUCCAAAAACACCAGCGCAUUCACACAGGGUAGAAACCGUACCACUGCGUCCAAUGUGGGAGGAGUUUUAUUCAGCAGAGUUACCUUCAGCUCCACCAGCAUGUUCAUUCUGGAGAACAGCUGUGCCACUUCUCAGAGCAUGAGAUGUUUCAGUGACUGAGGAACUCGCUGGAAAGGAUGUAAUUAUAAUGAAAUCACACACAAAUAUUCAGUAAGUCCACAAAGUGGAAAAAACCCACAACCGUGAGUCUGUGUAGAGGAGAACAGAUGAUGCUACCACCACCACCAAUAGCUCUCUGAGCUAAGGCCAGACUGUCCAGUUUUGGUCCUAUCUGAGUCUCAGAGGAGAAUCUCAGACUGAUCAUAUUGAAAGUCUCUCUGACUUUAGAUGUUUUGUUUCCUCGAGGCUCCACUCUGUCACAUUUGUUAAAUUUUUAUUAACAAAUUUUGUUAAUUUAAUUAAUGUUACUCUACAGAUUUAAUGUCAGUCUGUCUGGAUUUUAAAGUUAUGUUUAAGGUCAUCUACAGUACAGCUUUAAUCCAAUCUUUGAUUUUCUUAUCACUUGAAUCUGCUUUACUCUGAAUGUGUAAAUAAAAUGUGAACAUAUGAAGUGA